AUGAAAUUUGGUGAUGGAAACCUGCUGGGGAGAGGAGACCCCCUGUGUAGGGGGCCAGACCCCAUCCUGUACUGCAGCCAGGAGGGUCAGCAGAAACGCUGCUCCACCGAUGCCGAGAACGCCCCGACGCCGAUCCGGCACCCAGGGCCCAUGCUGGGCCGAUGCCCCAGCAGAAGCGCGCAGGACCCCGGGGCUGCCGGCUGUCAGGGGCACCCUUCCCCUCGCACCAGCUCCCGUCGGCUGCACCGCUCCUUCAGUCCGUUGGCGGUUUCACCUAAGGAGGAUCAAUGGUUUCCUGAGAAACCAUUCAAAGGCUCUGGGUAUCGCUGCAUCCGGAUCAAUCACAAAAUGGACCCCAUUAUCAGCAAGGCAGCUAGCCAGAUCGGACUCAGCCUACCACAGCUUUACCAGCUCCUGCCCAGCGAGCUCACGCUCUGGGUGGACCCCUAUGAGGUGUCAUACCGCAUCGGUGAGGAUGGCUCCAUCUGUGUCUUAUAUGAAGCGACUGCAACGAAACCUGUGAGCUCCUAUGGGAUGCUUACCUGCAAGAACCAGAUGAUGUUAGGUCGCACCAGUCCUUCCAAAAACUACAUCAUGACUGUCUCCAGCUAA